AUGAAGAAGACAAUCAAAACCCUUCAAAAGACAAUCAGCUGGCAUAAAAAGACAAAAGCGACCUUGCAAAAGAAAAUCCAGAGGCUAGAAGCAGAAAAUAGACCAUUGCUUGCGAGUCAACCAAGUGUUAGUACGGCAGCUUUGGACGAAGCUUAUAUGAAUGAAGACAAUGAACAAGAGUAUCUUGAUGAUGACACCUCAAUGGUUUAUUCGUUUCUUGAAGAAUCUGGUCAGUCUGCUGCUGAGAUGGACAAAUAAAUUAUGAAAAACACUGUCAGGUAAGGCUGGUAAUUUUUGUAUAUAACUUGUCUGUAGGUUAAUACAGUAUGUGAUGCCACUGAACAAUAAUGUUCCAAUCACUAAUCUCUUCUAAUUUGUCCUACAAAAUUGUGCCUUAGAAUUAAUAACUUUUAAUUGCAAACUAUUAAAAUUAUUAUUGAAUCAAUAGUUCGACUUUAUAUUAGUUUGAAGAUGCAUCAAUUCAUCCCCAAACAAAAUAGUAUUAAAAUUUGAGUAAAUGAACUGAUGUUUUUCUAUUUCAGUGUUGACGAAGGAACCAGUCCAUGCAACGAACCAAUGUUCCUUGUACAUUAUAGUCCCCUGGUAGAGUUGUUUGGAAGAUUCUGCUUCAAUUGUAAGGCUGAAAAUCCAAAGUUCAGGUGAAACACAUUGGGCCAAUGGCUACUGUUGUGCAGGCUUGUCGUAAAUGCCUUAUGGAGAAGCUCACAUGGAGAAGUCAACCAAUGGUUAUGGGAAGAUAUGCAGCUGGAAAUAUUAUGACAAGUUUUGGUAUCUUGAUGUCUGGAAUCAAUAUCAGCCAAGCUAUGUUGAUGUUCAGACACAUAUGAACGUAAUUGCAACAAUAAGUGUACGGACAUAUCAUAUACAUCAAAGUACCCACCUAUUCCCAGCUGUCUUGAAACAUUGGGAAGUUUACCAGUCUGGUUUGAUUGAGGAAGUGAAGGACAGUGGAGAAGAAUACUAGACAUGGUCAGGAGAUGGACGUUUUAAUUCUAUGGGUCAUAGCACUAAGUAUGGUGUGUAUACCACGUGGAGCAAUACAACUCAGACGUUUGAUUUGAGUAGCGAAAUAAAGACUUUUAUUAUUAUUAUUAUAUAACAUCAAAAUUGGUCCACUUUGAAUUACUUCAGGUAUAUUUUCAUUCUUAUGAUUUAUCUGUAGUUCAUGGACUCAUGGCUGAACAUGCAUGUGAUUAUUUUGCUUUGUGGAAAUCAUGGUGUCAGUUUAUUUAGCAAGGCUUUUCAUCGAAAGCCUGGACCUUUAUAAUGGCAUUUUCCCCAAAACAAACUAAUCAUGUUUACUGUAUAUCAAUGAAAUGCAUGGUUAGCUAAACAACCCAAACAGGAGGCAAAAGGCUACAUAGACCACCCCAUAAGUAAUUGACAAUAGUAUAAUAUAAUUAAAAACAUUUUUAUACAGGCAAAGAAGUUGGCAGCAGCAAUACAAUGGAACUUGAGGGUGCAAAAAGAUCAUUUAAAUUUCUAAAUGAAUCUGGUCUUAAGAUGGACAUCUUUAUUAGUGACUGACAUAAAGGGAUUGCCUAGUGGAUAAGGACCAAGCAAAAAGGGACAAAACACUAUAAUGACAUAUGGCAUGUAAAUAAGAGUAUAAACAAGGAACUGAGGAAAGUAAGCAAAGAGAAAGGAUGUGAAAUAAUCAAUGAUUGGCUAAAAGGUAUCCACAGGCAUCUGCACUGGAGUGCACAAACCACCAUUCCUGGUUUUGAGGACCUCAUUGUGGCUAAAUGGAAAUCAAAUGUGGCUGGUAAACAUGAAGAUCACCCAGACCCAAUAUUUACAACUUGUGGCCAUGAGGAAUUGGAAGAACGAAAAUGGAUUCCUAUGGGUAUUGUUUUUGCAUUUAAAGCGGCAAUGUCACCAGCUGCACACCCGUUCUGCACAUAGAUCAACUUGAAAAAGUUCACCCAACAUUUUCAAUUGUAUCGAAUUUCAAUAUGGCGUCUGCCCAGGGCGUCAUGCACGGGGAUUCAAGGAAAAAUGCUGGUCGAAAAAAGGUGUUUUCGAGCUGAAACAAGUACAGAAAUUUAUGGGAGAAAGAGCACAGAAGGAUCUAUUUAAGUGGUAAGAUAUUUGAUACGUGGCAAGAGGCCAAAAUAAGGGCUGGAUAUGAACAUUCAAGUGACACUAACUUUGCUGCACAUCUGUUGUCAUUGGAAUUUCGCCACAGGUGGGUUUACAAUAUGAUUUUCAAUAUAUUUUGAAGAGUAAACGAAACUAAUAUGCAAUUUAUUUUGCUUGGGUAUUUAAGGGAAUCAGCAUCUGCAAAAAUGCUGCCAAAACAGCGAGGAAAUUCAAGCACAUCGAUUCUGGUGGCAACUAAGACCUGUCUUGACAAUGGAAGUAGAACACAAUGAGUCUCAUAUGGUUGAAUAACAAACAAACGUCAGCCAAGGUAUGAAGAUGACAUUCACUUUUAUAUAGGAUGUGCUUUGUAAUGGGAGUAAUAUUAAUAUUCAGUUUUAAAAUACGAUUUUGCAAGGUAUAUAGACAAAGAAAAAUUGUAUCAAAAAUUAUAAAAAGAAUUGGUUUAUAUUUAUAUAAUUUACAGCAUUGACCACAGGUAUUAGUGCUGUAUAAUAUUUCAUAUAUUUCCUGCUUUCAGAACCCCAAACAUCUAAACGAUUAAAAAUAAAGGUCAGAUGACAAAACCCUUUCUCAUGUUGAGUCACCUGUACAAACUACAAAGUCAUGAGCCUUUCCAACAACAGAAGGACCAGGCAGUGGGAUGUGAAAAAUGUGAAAGUUGAAAAAGCAUUUGAGCGCAUUCCAGUUCUCAUUUCAAAUGUUAUCCAACGAGCAACAGAUCGACUGCAUGAUGAUGGCUAUAUCACCCCGCCAUGUUUCCUUAAAUGCAAGCGACCCAGGCUACAUUGCUCCCCACUGUUGCACAUAUAUCACCACCAGCAACAAAGGACAUACCAAAACGAAAACACUGAUUUUUGCAAUAACUGAUGUAACAGUGGCACAUUCCAAUUUUGUACAAAAUUUAUGCAAUUUCUAAUGUAUAUUUUAUAAAAAAUCCUUAUUAUUUACUAUAUAAAUACAUAAAUUAGAAUAUAAGUUAUUAAAAUCAAAUUCCCUUUGCUUUAGAAAGUUUACCAAAGGUUCAUGAAUAUCAUCGUUCUCUGUAACACAUAUAACUCCAGUCAAAAGUCUUAUUUUGAAGACUACACAAGAGGGGCAAACACUGCCAUUCCCUUUGCCCAAAUAUCCAUGCCGAGCCCAUGUGUGAACAUAAUCCGUACUCCUUAUUCCUUUUCUUAGGCUUCUAAUUGCCAGUUUUCUCACUGUGUCUUCAUCCAGUGUAUGAAUAAAUGCCUGUGAAUUUAAUGAUGUAUUUUAUAAUAAAAUAAUGAAAUGACCAUCCAACAGCUUUAACAAUUUCUAGCAUCAAAGCAAGAUAAUUGGUCUUGUAUGGGUUGAAGUCAUGCUAUUGUCUCCAUCACAAACCUUUUGGUGAGAACAACGAAAUGGCCUGAUCCACGGUUCAUAUGCACAAGCCCCAUAUGCAUUGCAAUUAGCUUCAAUUAGAAGGUUAAGGGGUUGUUUAUUUUUAUUUACUAAAUAGCUAUUAUACAAAAUGUUAGGAUAUUUUAUUUAUAUAAAUAUAUAAUUAUGUGUCAUUUGGCUAAUAUUCAGGCCAUCUGAAAUUGGAAAAAUCAAAGCAGCAACAAUUUGCCAUUGGCAAACAGGUCUCCAGCAUGUUAAUCUGCCGCCCUGACAUGUCCUGACAGGUGGGCAAUUUGCCUUUGCGGAAUUAUUUUUGCCGUCCUGAACAAAUGUACUGCUAUUCCCUGUUUCAAAUUUCAGUCUGUGCCAUCACUUCCCAAUUAGACUUUGUACUGUAUCACCAUUCAACAGUUUCAACCAAAGUUAUUCAACUUAAAGAUGUGGUACAGUCAGAUCUGUGCAUGUGCACAAACAGUUUAUUUAGGUUUUUAUUUCAUUUUAUAUUCCUGCAAAGCUUGAUUGUUGUGUCUUGAUAAUUUAUUAUACUCUAGAAUCAUGAAAAUAUAAAUAGUCAUCCACUAAAAUUCAGUAUUACCACAUCUUCAAACAUGUUUAAUAUACCUCAUUUUAAAAACGUUUUAAACAAUUUAAGAUGUAUUAGAAAUUCACAAACCUUAUAGUAUUAAUUAAUAUUGUUUUCUCAGUGUUGACAGUUGCACGCUGUAACAGGCCACAGAAGUAUGUGGUACUUUUGCAAACGUUCUGCUACAACAAAGUAGGAUAAACAGUAAAUAUAAUGUGGUAUAAUAUGCAAACACAAAUAAAAGAUACGGUCAAGUACAUUUGAUUCCCACACAUACCCUAUUCUUGCAAGGAGACUGAGGAGUUUUGCGAGUUCCACACUUGCAGCUGGCAGAAUACACAGCGUUCUUUAAUAUUUGCCUUAUGCGGGCAACCUUGGUCACUGUUCUCGUUUCUUUUGGUGGCACAUGAACUUUUACAACUAUAAUUGUCAACCUGUAUGCAAUGAAGCAAUUAUUUGGGCUUUUCCGCCGCUGAAAAUGUGAAUAUAUGCACAUUUUUAUAAGUAGGAAUAUUGUGAUUCCGACCUUUUCCGACAUAUUCUGAAAAUUGGUUUGUAUAUGUGCAGAACGGAUGCGCAGUGGGUGACACUGACGCUUUAAAUCCUGAAAAGAGAACUAGCUUGAGUCAGAAGUUUUCUAGGGUUUUAUUUGCUGGUUAAUUGCCUAAAUUUAAUUGCCCAAUUUCAAUAAAAUCGAAAUCAUUUUAUCAGCUGCCAAUCAGUCGAUAUGCCAAUCUUCUAUUUUAGUGUAGUGUACUGUACUGUUGAUCAAAUCCCAUUGAACCUAUAAUCAGUCCCAUUUAACCUAUAAAAAACUAAAUUUUAUCCUUCAAGGAACUGUUCCCAAUGGUCAAACCAGUUGUUUUGAAGGAUUUCAUUCUACUCUUAACCAUUGACAUCCAAAAAUGAUCCAUUACUCUUGGCUGGGAACUUUUUGCAGGUAACUUAUUUGUUUGUAUAAAAAAUGUCAGGUAUUAUAUAUAUGUUAUUCAAAUUCACAGACACAUUAUUGCCAUCCUUCCUUUUAAUGAAAACGUGCAUCGCAAGUCAAAGAAAAUGAAAUACAGUUGCAUCAGUUACAACAUUAACUGGCCAAAAUUUAAGCUGGGUGAAGAAGUUGUUUGUGAAGUAACAGUUCAGCCUUCUUAUAUCAAAAAAUUUGUUUUAGUCCCUACCAACAUAUUUGCAUGUUUGAGGACUUUGAAAAAACUGGUCAGAUUUGUGCUCCAUUUUACCCAAUAGCCUUUACUGUUUAUUGCACUUUUGCCCCAGCAACCUCGUUUUCAUGUUUGACUGUUUUUAUAGCAUGGCAAACGCCCAUGAAUGUUAUAUCCCCAUAUUUUCUGCACAAAUGUUUCUCUUGUGCACACAAAACAUGGGGAAAUAACCAUUUGGAAAUCAGGUCAUCGAGGCAAGAAUGUAAUGAACAAUACAGUUUAUUCUGUCCAAGUAUCCCUGAGUAAUUCUUUCUAUUGGAAAUAACCAACACAAAAAAUGGUUGUUUAAAUCUUUAUAACAGGUUUUAUAUAAUUUUUAUUGUAGAAUAUGUCAUCGCUGUGAAGAACAUUCUAUUCUCAACCACUGAGGAAGAUUUAUCUAAAACUGUGGAAAAGUACAGAAAGAAAGCAUUGGACCCUUUGUGCAAACAGUUUACAGAUAGAAGAUCUAAAGAAGAUGCCAUCAAACAGUACAGGGACAGGAAAGCACUUGAUGGCCAAGCACUAUUCCCUAGCUGUGAGUAUAUCCAGAACCACAACAAGCUAACUGUUUCAAAAUAUUGUAAUACAUCUUCCAAAAACAGCAUCCUGGUUUGACUCUAAACUUGAGUUACAAGAUACUGUUUUUCAGAAUAUGUUUUGUAUUUUAUAAUAUGUGCAGUUUCAUUGAACAACAUUUUAAUAUUGUGAUUUUUCAUAGUGGAAGAACAGAUGCAAAAGCAAAGCGACUUAAUAGCACAACAGGAAGCAAAUGCAAUAUCCCAGCAAAGCCAGCCAAUUCGUAGUUGCAAAGAAUGUAAUGGAGACAUAUAG